AUGGAGUACUGUUUGACAUUGGGAGUGUUUUCCUGUCUGUUCUGGACUGUAUCAGUCUUGGAACCCUUAGUGUACUGGCCAACGCACUAUGGGAAACGGUACGGGACCGUGUCCUUCGAGUUCCAGGUUGCUAACUUCGCGGAAUGCAAAAACACGUGCGUUUCGAAGCAGGCGUCCCAGCCGUGCUACGCUUUCAACUAUAGAGAAUCAGAUGGAUCCUGUCAGUUGGUGUACGAGAACAGUGCCCAGCUCGUCCCAGCGGAUGGGUUCAAGGCAUUCGCCCAAUUCCUGUGCCUGACGGAAUACCCGAGGAUCGAGAACGCGAAGGAGUCUUACUUGAAUUGGACGGGCGAGUACCCAGCCCCGAAAGGUGCAAUGGUGCUCUUCACCUGCCCAAAUAAUUUUACAGACAACAUUGACGUUCACAAUGCGAGAUGCUGCGCCAGCAUUCCAGACGCCUGGUGCUCCACAUUCUUGGAAGAGGAGGAGGCCAUCAUCUGUCCACCAUGA